UCGUGAGUUGGGAGAUAUCUAGGCUCAGAUCAAGAACCAGACAUCUUUCCCUCCUGCAUCUUCUCCGUGGUGCUUCUUUUUCAUCAAUGUAGAUCAUAAGAAAAUCGAGAAAUCUUUAGCCUCCGUCACAUUUCAUCCCCCCACCCGUAGCAGGCGGUACCAUGCUAAGCAUUGUUUGACAUAACUUACAAAUCUUGUAAGUAUUGACAUAUUCUGCAUACACAGAGCUAAACGAACUAUAUCUUUUCUCUUUUGAGGGGAUUUAGCGAGUACCGUAGUACGAUGGUCGGUUUGCUUCCAAGAUAGGUUGACAUUUCUCAGUUUUAUCUCGUUUCGCACAGAGUUCAUCAGCUAGGUCUUUGUUGUCAAGAGCAAACGAAAUGAAGUCGGACUGGACCUCUGCACGCGGUCACUCGCUCGCCUGCAUUUUCUCAUCCUUCUGAAACUCUGAAGCUCUCUGCAACGGUCGCUCUUCUUCUUAACCUAGCAAUAAAUGGAGAAGGCAUUUUCGAGCGAUAUCGCACUUACAUCAUAUGUUUUUCCCCUUUCCAAGUGACGAACUGCGCAGCUGCGUCACCUUGAUCUCUAACUGGCUCGUGAGGCGAGGCCUUCUAGUGGACGCGUCCUUGCUCGUUGCGGCGGCGGCUUGCUAGGCUUUUCGAGGGCAGCUCGCCGAAGGCUGCAAGUCGCUCCUAACCAACCCGACGAACUCGUACGGCACCGACACGAGAGGGUGUGUGAGAAGCGGAGAGAAAGCAGUCCGAUCGCUUGUCGAAACUUCACCGCCCGUCACUUUCGACGCGAGUGCCCCGAGCGACUUUUCCUGGAAGCAUCGUUUCUUUUUUCUCGAUGCUCGAUUAGUGCAAAGCCCGUUUGGCACACGCGUGUUUCUGGAACUGUCGAGUGACCGUUAAUCCACAUAACUGUAUCAGUUUUUGACCGAGCCUGAUCGAUACCAUUCGUUUUUGACAGACUUGUGCUUCCGGCCCUCAGAUCGUGUGUGUAUGCCAACGACCAUUAAAUAUUGAGCGCUUCUGAUGCAUAGCGCAGGCCCAGCUGUGCACGAAAGCUGCUUAUGGUAAAAAAAUGGAAGCAUCCAAAUUAAUCGAGUGGCUGUCCUUUCGAGUCCGAUAAUGAAGGUUUAACGAAUAAGGAUCUCAUGAGCGCUGAUGACUACGUUUGCAUAACAAAGCACGCCCUCUCAUCAAUUUACGCUUAUUUCGUGCUUUCGCCGCACAGGUUCCACAUAAGAAGGCACUGUGUGCUUCUAGCACAUUCAAGACGCCAAUACUUGAGGACCGUAUUCGUCGGUCAUGUUAUGGUGAGAACAACAUCGUUCAGAUACUGCCACCUGCAAUACUGUCGCAAUACUCGCAAUGUUUCAACCUGUUAGAGCGUGCAGCGCAAGCUGAUAGACCCUGCAACAUGCUCGAAAACCGCAGUCACUGUUAGUGGCCUAACAGUGCGCGGCUUGGUUCGCUGUGUUCUUCUGUUGUGAUUUCACAAACAUACAUCGCCGAAAGCGAUACCACGUGUGAUCUCAUUCUGAUGUAUCUCGAAACGACACAACGGUGAUGAAAGAACGUGGACAGUGGAAGCGGAGCGCAAACUCGAUUUGCGACGUCUUCAUUCGUUUCGCAUCCCUGACCCUUGUAUUUUGAAACGUGAAUGUUUUUUUUUUUAUAAAAGAGGACGCCCAGAAGUGAUCUUGCUGUGCAGUUUGCGCAUUCAGGUCCACUGUGGUGCUUAACAAGGUGUGUCGUCGCCAUGCUGGAUAGCCGCUGCGUAGUCGACUCCGAUGCAACCUGUUUCGCGGGCCCUGCAGCACCGUAAAGAUGUGAUCGAGGGAUAUGAGCGACACCCAGGAAAGCCGACGGCAGCAGCACCAACACCCGACCCAAAGCCAAAGGGCGCGCGACCCAGCGACCGCUGCCGCCGCGUGCCGGACCGACACGCACGCCUCCCCGCUGGGAGAGCACCCGGCCAGCAGCUCCGGGAAUCCCGACCCGGGCCACAACAAGCCAUGGCCGCCGCGGAUCUGCGGCGUGUGCGGCGAUCGCGCCAAGAGCUACCACUUCGGCGGCAUCUCGUGCGACAGCUGCAAGGCCUUCUUUCGGCGCUCGGUGCAGAACGAGGCCCAGUUCCAGUGCCCCAACCGCGGCAACUGCCGCAUCACGCUGGCGUCCCGCAAGAGCUGCCAGGCGUGCCGUUUCGCCAAGUGCCUCGCCAUCGGAAUGGAGGCCAGCUGGGUGAUGACCGAGCAGGAACGGCGGGCCAGAAUGCAGCAGCGGCUGCUCGCCAAAGGGGGGGACAGCCGGCCAGCGGCACCGCGGUCCCUGGCGAUGCCCCCGUCUGCCGAAGACGUGGAACUCCUCGAGGAACUUGUCCACGCUUACGUGGCCGGUUGCGCCGGCGCUCCCUUCGCGAGCUGCCUGCACCGCGAAGAAAGGUCCAGGACAGAGCUGCUGGACGUGUUUUUCACGCUCGUGCACCAAAUAAGUGGAUUCGCGCAGGGACUGGACGCCUUCGCGAGGGUUCGCGAGUCGGACAGACACAUCCUGUUGAGGACGGCCGUGCUCGAACUGUGCUUCCUCCGCAGCGCGAUGAACUUCGACGACGACGGCGACAGGUGGCCCUCCAGAGUUCACUUCGGUGACGAGGCCACUUCUGUGCCUUCUGUGCGCGCUUCCGACGUGGAACGCUUAGUUCCGGUGGAACUGUGGGCGCUGCACCGGAAGUUCCUGGUGUCCACGCGGAGGCUCAAGCCUGACCCGCUCACACUGCUCCUGCUGUCGGCGAUAGCGCUGUUGUGUCCGGACAGGGCCGGAAUCAGAGACCUGGAGACCCUUUCCCUCCAGCAAGAGCGUUACUGCGCUCUGCUACGCAGGUACGUCACAUGGCGCAAGAUGGGGUCCAUCGAGUUCGCCAAGGUUCUAAUGCGGCUUCCCGACUUGCGCGAGCUGGCGGACGCGCACGCCGACUCGGACUUGCUCUUCGACGCCAAGGAAGCGGCUGACGUGCAGAGGCAUCUAUCCAACGUCAUGGUGCGCACCGUCGAGGUUCCGUCCCAAGUCGGCGAAGUGGCGAGCGAGUCCCGCCACCUUCCGGGACCGCGAUGGAAGUUUCCGGGGGACCUGCAGCCGCUCAGCGCCACCGAGUCCGCCGGAGAUGAGUCGGCCGAGGAAGAAUCAGCCGAGGAAUCGUCUAGUCAGGGAUCGUCAGACCGUUCGGCACCGGGGGCCCGCAAAAGCUGACGCUUCCGGAACGGAGAUUGGGGAUUCGAAAUCAUCCAUAUAUCCAUGUACAGAGGCAUAGGCAGUUGAUGUACCUCAAGAAAGGGCUAAUUUCGUAGCGCUGCCUGUUGACACCGAAAGCGCUAGCUGCCGCUCCAUCAGCAUCUCAUGUCGAACCGAACGCAUUAAAAAGAUACGCAUUUGUUUA